AUGAGCAUAAUGCAGCUCAACUACCUCUCACCCGUAUUUCUCCUCUCCCUUGCCUUUGUUUCUGGGACCAAAGGACAAGGCUUUUGUCCUGAUCCCGAUCAAACUUCCCCUUGCACCUGUUCUCACGACGAAACCUCCUACUCUGUGACCGUGGACUGUUCCAGAGCAACGUCGACCGACGAGAUUUCCUCUGCCUUUAAUGACGCCGAUUGGUCAUUUACAAACCUCACUGAAUUCCGGCUGGUUAACAAUGAGGCAAUACAAGAGUUUCCUGAAUCGAUGUUCGGCAACAUCACCUUUGAGAAGAUUUAUGUUUGGAAUACCGCCGUGAGCGUCGUCCAUCCUUCGUCCCUCUUAACUUCAAAGGACCGACUCCAACAUCUGAGCAUCACGAGUAGCAGGAUUGAGGAAUUUCCCUGGGAAAUCCUUUUCGAAUUGACUAGUCUUGUCGAGCUCGACCUACACGGGAACAUCUUGGCCACCUUACCAGCCCUCGAAAGCCCCAGCCUCGAGCUGCUCGUCGUAGAAGGCAAUAAACUAUCUGCACUUGAAAAUAACUGGAAAAUACCGAACUUGAAGAUUCUUGACAUAGGCUCAGGGAACUCCAUGCCACCGAGUUUCAGCCUCAUACGUUUCCUCUGUUUGCUGGUGGAAAAAAAGUAUUUGGAAAAGCGACCCACCCAAAAGCUGUGGUCUGGGGAAACGCACAACAAAAUUUGA